AUGGAUCGAUUCUACGGACGCUUUUCCUCAACUUUCACAAAGAACCUGGAAGGUUUCUCUCCCGUCGUCACAUCCAGCGGGUAUGUGCACUCGCGUGUGGAGGAGUCCUUCCUGUGGGAGUGUAAACAGUUGGGGGCGUACUCUCCCAUCGUGCUCCUGAACACGCUGCUCUUCUUCUGCUACCGACCCCAGCAACGUCAAGACCACCUUCCUGCGCUUCUACCCGCCCGCCGCCCUCGCCACCACAGGUACCUCAGGCUGUACCUCAGGAGACUGUACCUCAGGAGACUGUACCUCAGGAGACUGUACCUCAGGAGACUGUACCUCAGGAGACUGUACCUCAGGAGACUGUACCUCAGGAGACUGUACCUCAGGAGACUGUACCUCAGCAGGCUGUACCUCAGCAGGCUGUACCUCAGCAGACUGUACCUCAGCAGACUGUACCUCAGCAGACUGUACCUCAGCAGACUGUACCUCAGGAGACUGUACCUCAGCAGACUGUACCUCAGCAGACUGUACCUCAGGAGACUGUACCUCAGCAGACUGUACCUCAGGCUGUACCUCAGCAGACUGUACCUCAGCAGACUGUACCUCAGGCUGUACCUCAGCAGACUGUACCUCAGCAGACUGUACCUCAGGCUGUACCUCAGCAGACUGUACCUCAGGCUGUACAGCAGACUGUACCUCAGGAGACUGUACCUCAGCAGACUGUACCUCAGCAGACUGUACCUCAGCAGACUGUACCUCAGGCUGUACCUCAGGCUGUACCUCAGGCUGUACCUCAGCAGACUGUACCUCAGGCUGUACCUCAGCAGGCUGUACCUCAGGAGACUGUACCUCAGCAGACUGUACCUCAGCAGACUGUACCUCAGCAGGCUGUACCUCAGCAGACUGUACCUCAGGCUGUACCUCAGCAGGCUGUACCUCAGCAGGCUGUACCUCAGCAGACUGUACCUCAGCAGACUGUACCUCAGGCUGUACCUCAGCAGGCUGUACCUCAGCAGACUGUACCUCAGCAGACUGUACCUCAGCAGACUGUACCUCAGCAGACUGUACCUCAGCAGACUGUACCUCAGCAGACUGUACCUCAGGCUGUACCUCAGCAGACUGUACCUCAGGCUGUACCGCAGACUGUACCUCAGCAGACUGUACCGCAGACUGUACCUCAGCAGACUGUACCUCAGGCUGUACCUCAGCAGACUGUACCUCAGCAGACUGUACCUCAGCAGACUGUACCUCAGCAGACUGUACCUCAGGCUGUACCUCAGCAGACUGUACCUCAGCAGACUGUACCUCAGGCUGUACAGCAGACUGUACCUCAGGAGACUGUACCUCAGCAGACUGUACCUCAGCAGACUGUACCUCAGCAGACUGUACCUCAGGCUGUACCUCAGGCUGUACCUCAGCAGACUGUACCUCAGGCUGUACCUCAGCAGACUGUACCUCAGCAGACUGCUGUACCUCAGCAGACUGUACCUCAGCAGACUGUACCUCAGGCUGUACCUCAGCAGACUGUACCUCAGCAGACUGUACCUCAGGCUGUACCUCAGCAGACUGUACCUCAGCAGACUGUACCUCAGGCUGUACAGCAGACUGUACCUCAGCAGACUGUACCUCAGCAGACUGUACCUCAGCAGACUGUACCUCAGCAGACUGUACCUCAGGCUGUACCUCAGCAGACUGUACCUCAGGCUGUACCUCAGCAGGCUGUACCUCAGCAGACUGUACCUCAGCAGGCUGUACCUCAGCAGACUGUACCUCAGGCUGUACCUCAGCAGACUGUACCUCAGCAGGCUGUACCUCAGCAGGCUGUACCUCAGCAGACUGUACCUCAGCAGACUGUACCUCAGGCUGUACCUCAGCAGACUGUACCUCAGCAGACUGUACCUCAGCAGACUGUACCUCAGCAGACUGUACCUCAGCAGACUGUACCUCGGCAGACUGUACCUCAGGCUGUACCUCAGCAGACUGUACCUCAGGCUGUACCGCAGACUGUACCUCAGCAGACUGUACCUCAAGAGGCUGUACCUCAGGAGGCUUUACCUCAGCAGACUGUACCUCAAGAGGCUGUACCUCAGCAGACUGUACCUCAGAAUUUACCUCAGCAGGCUGUACCUCAGCAGACUGUACCUCAGCAGACUGUACCUCAGAAUUUACCUCAGCAGACUGUACCUCAGGAGGCUGUACCUCAGCAGACUGUACCUCAGGAGGCUGUACCUCAGCAGACUGUACCUCAGGAGGCUGUACCUCAGCAGACUGUACCUCAGAAGGCUGUACCUCAGCAGACUGUACCUCAGAAGGCUGUACCUCAGCAGACUGUACCUCAGAAGGCUGUACCUCAGCAGACUGUACCUCAGCAGACUGUACCUCAGCAGACUGUACCUCAGCAGACUGUACCUCAGGCUGUACAGCAGACUGUACCUCAGGAGACUGUACCUCAGGAGACUGUACCUCAGGAGGCUGUACCUCAGACCAGGAAGAAUAAUAAGAUUAGUGAUAAUAGUUUUCCUGCAGUUCUCCAGUUGUGAGCGUUUGUUUAAAGCAGUGAUUUUGUUAGAUCAAGAGGAGCCAUUGACAAAGAGGCGGAGAGAGGACCCCACGGAGGAGGUACUGGAGAUGCCUGAAAACUCUGAAAAUCCUCUUCGAUGUCCAGUCCGGCUUUAUGAAUUCUAUCUCUCCAAAUGUUCUGAGUCGGUGAAGCAGCGCACAAACCUGUUCUACCUUCACCCCGAGCGCUGCUGCGUCCCCAACAGUCCGCUGUGGUUCUCCUCCACGCCACUAGAUGACAGCACCAUGGAGUCGAUGCUCAUCCGCAUCCUGUCCAUGAGAGAGCUGCACAUCUGUCCGAGCAACCACAACGACAACGACUCGCCAGACGACAAACCCUACAUCCCCGAAGAGGAUUCGGAAUGA